AUGGCAGCCAAAGCCAGCAAGUCAAACCCAGUGCAGCAAGAGCAGAUCACCACUGAAGAGGCGUUGAAACUCUACAGAAGUACGCUCAACUUCAACGUCAUAAACAGAUACGAUCCAGCGAUCAAGCAACUCCUCUGCCAUUCAUCGCAUUGUGUGAUAUAUAAGUUCAACGACGACUCCCAGGAAUGGGUCAAGACCGACUACCAGGGCACACUCGCCUUGUAUGCGAGAGAUUUCCAAGUUCCACAACAAGGGCAUCAACCAAGCUACCAAGACUUGCAGAACCUCUUCUGCUACGGGUUAAUAUUACUCAACAGAAGCAACCCCAACUGCUUCUCGAUCGGGUUGUUGCCCAACAAGAUUUCCAAGCACUUUUUCCCCACAGGCAUCAACAACUCUGGCUACACCGAAAUGGACGUCGAGUUGAACGACAACUUGGUGAUCGUGAAAAACUUGGUGGGCGAAAUCUACGGCUUGUGGAUAUUCAACGAGGAAGACAGGUCCAAGAUGUUCAAGUCGCUCCAAUACUGCUUGACAAGCGAUUCUGCCUUUUAG